UUCCCAUGAAGGCGAUGAUUCACUAAUGGAGGGGUUGGCUUAUCCACCAGCUGCAACGCCACUCUCGAGCCUGCCCCAUCUCACUUGAUGACCUAAUUGGCGAACAGGUCAACUAUGGAACAGGUUUUACCCAUGAGCUCUGCUUUCCUUGAAAUUUAACAUUUAAAACGAGGUAAAUGUGAGGUGGCACCGCCAUUUCUCUUUUUUUCUCUUCCCCACACAACGCACUGCACUUCUUUUCACCGAGUCACCUUCGCGUCUUCAGUUCACCUGCCACUUUUGACACGACCUCGGUGUUCCCGCACAAGUUCUGCUGAAUCCCGCACGGAUCGCCAUCAGGAUCCAGUCGCACUGUAGGACGCGGAAAAAAAACCCCUAAACUUCUGCCAGUCCUUCUGGGUGUCUCAAGUUUACGCACAAGAUGAGUAUCAAGUCUGACUCCGAGCCAAACAACAACGUCUCUAUUGAAGAGGAGGUACGAACUCUAUUCGUCAGUGGUUUGCCAACAGAUAUCAAACCUCGUGAGCUCUAUCUGCUGUUUCGACCAUUUAAGGGUUAUGAGGGUUCACUUAUCAAGUUAACAUCAAAGCAGCCUGUUGGGUUUGUAACCUUUGAUAGCCGUUCCGGCGCUGAAGCGGCAAAAAAUGCAUUAAACGGGGUUCGAUUUGACCCUGAAAACCCGCAGACCCUCCGGUUAGAGUUUGCUAAGGCCAACACGAAGAUGGCAAAGAGUAAGCUGAUGGGCACUCCGAAUCCCACAAAUAUCCACCCAGCUCUAGGAGCACACUUCAUAGCACGGGACCCAUAUGACUUGACAGGGGCUACGUUGAUCCCAGCGUCUCCAGAGGCCUGGUCUCCUUACCCACUCUAUACUCCGGAGCUCAGCCCCGGCCUGCCCCACACGGCUUUCACCUACCCGGCAGCAGCCGCUGCCGCAGCAGCCGCACUUCAUGCUCAGAUGCGCUGGUAUCCCUCCACAUCAGACUCAUCCCAGCCUGGAUGGAAAUCAAGGCAAUUCUGCUAAAAAUAUAGUUUUUCUCUGCAAGCGGCGCCUUCCAGCUCCUGUUUAAAAUCAGUCCAGUUCAUUUGAACUUGUGGAUUUUGGAUGUAUUAACUCCUCUGGAAUUAGGCCAUGAAGAGAUGAGCUUUUAUUGAAGAGAGCCUAUAUUGAAGUCAUAUUGCCAACAGCACAAAAAAAUAAAAAAUAAAUAAAAAAUAAGAGGCAUGUAGAUGGUACAGUAGACCUUAGUACUUCUUAAUGGAUCAGCUCCUUAAAUUUUUUUUUUUUUUUUUUUUUUUUUUUUCUCCCCCUUUAUUUUGUAUUGAAGAAUUUAAGAUAAAAUGCUGUUUCAUUUAUUCAUUCAUUGAGAUUUGCUCUGGGUCUAAGUAAAAUGAGACAAUCAACUGACAUUGCAGACAACCAGCAUGUUAGUUUUGGCAUGAAUUGUAGCUCUGUGCAUCAUUCUAGUAUGUCUGUUGCUUUCAUGACCGGUGUAACCUUGUUUGUGUUUGGUAGCUUGGUCAUUGAAGUUGCUUAUUAUGUACAAAACCUUGGCCAACUCAUUUUGAUGGGUAAUGUGAUGGAUGGACAGAUGGUUUCCCCUGCUAGUUUCCACUAUAACACAUCACAGAGGGUAUGAUGACUACAAUCUCAAUCUAGAGUGUGUAUCUGGGGAGAGAAGAGUUUGUGCAAUUGAAAUAAGUAAUCUGUAUAAGUUAUUGGUAACUUUCUUUGUAUGUUUUGACAUUUGUUUUUGUAUCAAUGUCCAUUUAUAGCAGUUUCGGAGAUUAAGUUGUAAUUUUCUUUGGUUUGACUGUGUCAGUGUGGCACAAACUAACAGUAUAUGGACAGCAAAUUUGGCUGCUAACGUGAAAAUACUGUUUUAGUUAAUACUCUGAAUAUAAAGAGAUGCUACAAUGGUGCAUGAUUUUAAUGUGGGUAUAGUAAUGGUUAAUUCAGACAUUAGAAAUGUAUUUGUAAAAAAAAAAAAAAAAGUGUUUGGUGUACAAAAAUACUACUGUGUGAUAGAGUAUUAAAAUGGGAAUGCAUUAAAA